GCGGCCCGCGGCCGUAGAUCUGGGGAGGGCGGCCGGCCGGCGACGAGUCCCAGCGGCGGCGGCGAGUCCCGGCGAUGACGGUGGCUGCGUCCCGGCUCUCUGCCUCUUCUCCGCUCCGGUGGAUUCUGCAAGACAUGCGUGGCUCAAGGAGGGUGUGGUCCAGGGAGAUGUGGCAUACCAGCUCCGACGUGGUGGGCUUGAGCCACUCAUCACGUCGAGGUUAUCAUGAAGUUUAUCUACCUUGGUGUUGGAGCAGGACUUGCUUCAGCACUUCAGGUAUCAUGUUGGACAAUCACCGGAGAGAGACAGGCAGCACGAAUUAGGACCAUGUAUCUCAAGGCAAUACUGAGACAGGACAUUGCAUUUUUCGACAAGGAAAUGAAAACUGGGCAAGUAGUUGAGAUGAUGUCAGGGGACAUAUUCCUCAUUCAGGAUGCCAUUGGAGAAAAGGCUGGGAAGUGCAUCCAACUCCUGUCUACUUUCUUUGGUGGCUUCAUUAUUGCGUUUGUGAGAGGAUGGCUCUUGGCACUUGUUAUGCUCUCAAGCAUUCCUCCAGUUGCUGUGGCUGGUGCAAUUAUGUCGAGGUUGAUAGCAAAACGGUCCACCCACAUGCAAUUAAAAUAUGGUGAUGCUGGUAUUGUGGUUGAACAAACCAUUGGGUCCAUUAGAACAGUUGUUGCAUUCAGUGGUGAGAAGAAAGCUAUAAACACAUAUAAUAUGCUUAUUAAAAAAGCAUAUGAAUCUGGUCUACAACAAGGUGUUAUUAAUGGCCUUGGACUAGGUUCCAUAAUCUUAAUAUUUUUUUCCAGCUAUGGUUUGGCAGUUUGGUAUGGAUCUAGGUUGAUAGUUGAGAAAGGAUACAAUGGUGGUGAUGUUAUUAAUGUUAUAAUGGCUGUCAUGAUAAGUGCAAUGUCCUUAGGUCAUGUGACAUCAUCAAUAACAGCCCUUGCAGGAGGCCAAGGAGCAGCACAUAGAAUGUUUGUAACAGUUGAAAGACAACCGGAUAUUGAUGCAUGUUGUACCACAGGUGUCAUACUUGAAGAUGUCAAGGGUGAUGUUGAACUCAAGGAUGUGUACUUCAGCUAUCCUUCUAGACCUGAACAUUUGGUAUUUGAUGGAUUCUCCUUGCAAGUACCUAGUGGCACUAGAAUGGCCCUAGUAGGAGAAAGUGGCAGUGGGAAGUCAACUGUGAUCAGUUUGGUGGAGAGAUUCUAUGAUCCACAGUCUGGGGAAGUGUUAAUUGAUGGAGUUGACAUUAGAAGAAUAAAUCUUGGAUGGAUAAGAAGAAAAAUUGGUCUUGUCAGCCAAGAACCAGUGCUGUUCUCAGGUACAAUUAGGGAAAAUAUCACCUAUGGAAAGGAGGACCCAACUAUUGAAGAAAUCAAUAGAGCAAUCGAGCUUGCAAAUGCAGAAAAAUUCAUUGAUAAGUUAUCAAAUGGUCUUGAAACGAUGGUUGGUGAACAUGGAAUUCAAUUGUCCGGAGGGCAGAAGCAAAGAAUAGCAAUUGCUAGAGUGAUUUUAAAAAACCCUAGGAUCUUACUGCUUGAUGAAGCAACUAGUGCAUUGGAUAUGGAAUCUGAGAGGGCAGUUCAAGAAGCUUUGAACAAGUUAAUGUCAGGAAGGACAACAAUUAUCGUUGCACAUCGCCUAAGCACAGUAAAGAAUGCUGAUAUGAUAUCUGUUCUACAUCAUGGAAAGCUGGUGGAGCAAGGUUCACACGAAGAAUUGAUGAAGAUUCCUGAAGGUGCUUACUCUCAGCUGAUUCAGCUCCAGGAGACUCUGCGGGAAGCUGUGGUACCUAAUGAUGGCUCUGAUAUGACAACGAGAAAUGGUUUUGACUCUAGGUUUACAAAUAGCAAAACAAGAAGCCAAAGUAUCUCGUUCAGGAAAUCAACCAGUAAAAGCUCCUCUUUUGGGCAAAAUGGUUCCCAUCCGUUGACAUCUACUUGUGGAUUAUCUGAUCGCAUGGAGGCCAAUGAUGGUCAGAACAUUCAGGAGACUACAGACAAAAUGCCUGAUUGCCAAGAGAAAGCUUCGAUCCUUCGCCUGUUCUAUCUAAACAAACCGGAGGCUUUUGUUCUUGCACUUGGUUCUAUAACUGCUGCAAUGCAUGGAGUCAUUUUUCCUAUUUUCGGUAUACUGGUUUCAAGUGCAAUAAAGACGUUUUAUGAGCCACCUUUAGAAUUACUGAAGGGUUCCAGGUUAUUGGGAAGCAUGUUUCUUGUGCUGGGAAUUUCUACAUUUCUUAUUAUUCCAACAGAGUACUUCCUGUUUGGACUAGCAGGUGGUAAGCUUGUGGAGCGCAUACGAUCGUUGACAUUUAAAAGUGUCAUGCACCAGGAGAUCAGCUGGUUUGAUCAACCUGAAAACUCUAGUGGAUCAAUUGGUGCAAGGCUAUCUAUUGAUGCUUUGAACGUGAAGCGUCUUGUUGGGGAUAGUUUGGGACUAAAUUUCCAGACUUUAUCGACCAUAAUAGUAGGUUUUACGAUAGCAAUGGUGGCUAACUGGAAGCUGGCAUUGAUCGUAACAGUGGUAGUUCCUUUGGUGGGUUUCCAGGCCUAUGCUCAAAUGAUGUUCCUGAAAGGUUUCAAUAAAAAUGCCAAGUCAAAGUAUGAAGAUGCAACUCAGGUAGCAACUGAGGCAGUUGGAGGCAUCAGAACCAUCACGUCAUUCUGUGCUCAACAAAAGGUGAUGAAUGCCUAUGAGCAAAAAUGUGUAUCUCCAAUAAGGCAAGGAAUAAGGGAAGGAGUUGUUGGUGCCUUGGGUUUUGGCUUCUCCUACCUUGUGUUCUACUUUUCAUAUGCUCUCUGCUUUUAUGUUGGAGCAAAGUUUGUUCACCAAGGAGCAGCAACAUUUGCUGAAGUGUUUAGGGUCUUCUUCGUGUUAGUUUUGGGUAUUAAUGAAAUAUCAAGAACAAGUGCAAUAGGCUCAGAAAGCAGACGUGUUAAUGAAUCAGUGGUUUCUGUCUUCAAAAUUCUUGACCGUAAAUCCAAGAUUGAUGCAAGCAAAGAUGAAGGUGCCGUCAUUGCAAGUGUCAGGGGUGACAUUGAAUUCCAGAAUGUGUGCUUCAAGUACCCCUUACGCCCAAAUAUUCAGAUCUUCAAGGAUCUAAACUUGAGCAUUCCAUCUGGAAAGACUGCUGCACUGGUUGGAGAGAGUGGAAGCGGGAAGUCCACUGUGAUUUCGCUACUUGAGAGGUUCUACGACCCUGACGCUGGCAAGAUCCUUCUUGAUGGCGUGGAGCUUGAGACUCUCAAGGUUAGCUGGCUCCGUCUACAGAUUGGGCUUGUGGCGCAGGAACCAGUACUGUUCAACGACACCAUCCAUGCCAACAUAGCUUAUGGGAAGCAAGGCGAUGUGUCUGAAGACGAGAUCAUCGCUGCUGCCGAAGCCGCGAACGCGCACCAGUUCAUAUCUGGGCUGCCUGAUGGGUACAGCACCAUUGUUGGCGAGAGAGGGAUCCAGCUCUCAGGUGGGCAGAAGCAGCGGGUCGCCAUUGCGAGAGCCAUUGUGAAGGACCCCAGGGUGUUGCUGCUGGAUGAGGCAACGAGUGCUCUGGACACCGAAUCGGAGCGCGUGGUUCAGGAGGCGCUGGACCAGGUGAUGGUCGGGAGGACUACCGUGGUGGUGGCGCAUCGCCUGUCGACGAUAAAAGGCGCCGACAUCAUCGGCGUCCUUGGGGAUGGAACAAUAGUGGAGAAAGGGAGGCAUGAAGAACUGAUGCAGGUAAAGGGUGGAAUCUAUUGUUCACUUGUUGAGCUUAGCUCAAGCUCAACAUAACAUAACCUUCUGAAAGCCUGAAACCACUCUUCUUCAACUGGACACUGAUGAUUGUUGAUCUGGGUUCCAAAGGUUUGUGUAUGCAUGUUUUUACUAGGAAAGGGUCGUUCCUUAUGCAGUCUUUUAAUGUGCAAUUACUAUGAACGACAUGCUCAGUUUGUAUCUAUUUAAUUUUCGUACAGUGAGUACCAUCAUCUCAGUAUAUGUGAAUGUUACAGCCUUUUGGCUGUUAAUGUUUUUCAGAAA